AUGAGGCGCGUUGCACUUGCCAGUGCUGCCCUGGCCUUCUGUCUGCCCGCCCAAUGGGUGGCAGUCACUGCCUUCCCGGCGGUUUGGCUGUAUAGCCUCUACAACCAACUCUACAUCUCAAUCGCGGUCUACACCUCUCUACAGGCGACUCACAUCGUCACGUCGCCGGAUGUAAAGCUCUAA